GCCGCGAAGGAUGAUCAGCCGUCCUCCGAGCCUCGGCCUCUCCCUCGUGCUCGCUGCGUGCUGCGCCCACUGCACCCGACAGCAGCAGCAUCAGGGUGCCGCAUGCCCGUGCCGGUGACGACAGCUCCGCGGCUCUGCCACUCCUGAAUUUCCUGGUGCUGGCUGCGCCCCCGCCGCGCGCGCGCCGCGCGCCUGCCUGCCAACGCGCCCCGCCGCCCCGCACACCCCAUCGCAUCCCUCCUGCCGCAGCGUGCCGGCAGCCUGCACCAACACGCUGGGUCUUCGCCCUGCAUGCUUCGGCAUCCGGCUAUGUGGGUCUUGCCGGCUAUGCGAUGUGGGGUAACGAGGCCUCGCCGCUGCUCGUCGUCGCGACCUCCCUUUCUCGAGCGACACGCCCCCGCGCGCCGCACCGCGAAAUAGACUGGCCUCGCGCCCCAGGGGGCUUGCGCUCCUCGCACACGCACCUCCGGCCCCCCUCGCAUCGCUCCUCCUCUCUCCCUCGCACACGUCCCCAUCUCUCGUAUCGCCAGCCCGCCUCGCAUUCACGUCGUCUUCCACAGCUGCCUCACGUUCCCUCUCUCUCCACCUGCACCUCCAAGCUACGAGGCCAGGCUGCCGAACAGGGCCAGCCUCGCAGCGCGACAUUUCACGCGACGUCCGGCCUGUAGCCGCGAAUAGGGCAUUCACAGGCACGGCCUGAUGCACGGCGGAAAUUUUAAUUCGUCCCUCGGGCGGCUGCGGUGCCCACCCCGUCCCACACACUGCCGGCGCGCCUGAG